CAGCAAGAAAUGGCCAAGGAAAACCAAACAAAAGUGACUGAGUUUGUCCUCCAGGGCUUAGUGGACAGUCCAGUAAUGAAGUCACUGUGUUUUAUUGUGGUAUUAUUCAUGUAUUUAGUCACUCUGGUAGGAAAUCUGGGAAUGAUCAUGUUAAUUAGGAUAGACCCUCAGCUCCGGAAACCCAUGUAUUUCUUCCUCAGUCACUUAUCUUUCUUAGAUUUGGGGUAUUCCUCAGCUAUAGCCCCUAAAAUGCUGGAGAAUUUCUUAGCACAGAAGACCACCAUUUCAUACACUGACUGUGCUUCCCAGAUGUAUUUCUUUGUCUUCUGUGCAAGUACUGAGUGCAUCCUUCUGUCUGCAAUGGCAUAUGACCGGUAUGUAGCUAUCUGCAGUCCUCUCAUGUAUAUGGUUUCAAUGUCUCCCAAGAUGUGUGCCCUGUUGGUGGCUGGAUCUUACUUUGUUGGCUUUGUGAAUGCAAUGACACAAACAAUUUCCACUUUUUCAUUGUCUUUUUGUGGCUCCAAUGUCAUCAAUCAUUUCUUCUGUGAUGUUCCCCCUUUGUUAGCUCUUUCCUGCAGUGACACAACCUUAAAUGAAAUGGUACUCUUUAUGUUUGCCACAGUCCUGGGCAUAUUUACUUCAGUAGAAAUUGUGGUGUCGUACACGUUUAUCCUGUCUGCAAUCUUGCAGAUCCGUUCAGCCGAGGGGAAGCAAAAGGCCUUUUCAACAUGUGCCUCCCACCUGAUGGCUGUCACCAUCUUCUAUGGAACAACAGUCUUCAUGUACCUGAGACCUAGUUCUACCUAUUCUAUGGACCAGGACAAAUGGGCCUCUGUAUUUUACACUGUGGUGAUUCCCAUGCUGAACCCUCUGAUCUACAGUCUGAGGAACAAGGAAGUGAAAAAUGCCUUGAGAAGAAUUCCAGUGCUGAAGAUAGCUUUCUUGAAGUAG